AUUCUAGCCUAGUCUAGCACAGCCUAGCUUAACCUAGGCUAGGCUAGUCUAUUUUUCCUGAGUUCCUCUUGAACAUUGACUAUGAAUAAAUUUUGAAGCCAAUACAAUUAACGAUUAUCUGUUAGCUUGUGUUGGCCUAUUAUAUGAAAUCACCAUAAAGCACAUUGAGGUCUAUGAUUGAAACAUGACAAAAAUGUUGUAACGUUCAAGGCGCUGUAUGUGUGUGGGAAAACAAGUCGGACAUGUCCAACCCAGAUCUUUCAAAAUCAGUUUUCCUUUUACAUUUCAGUCCAUCCAUCACAGAACCUGUCAAAACUUUUGUUUCUUUUAGGAGCAGCUUGUCACCUGCCCUGCCGACUAAAGGUCAAGAGAGGAAGUGUUUAUUUUCCAGGGCCUGUAAACUGGGUCAAGCCAUGUAAGCAGGAAGUGGAAGAGUUUAAAAAAUGGCCCUAAUCAAGGCAAAGUAUUCACACUGUCAUGUUUACUGCAGACAAACAGUUCAGAUUGAAUAAUUUUGCUUGACUCAUCAUAGAAUUGAUUGGAAGUUAUUUAAUUUUAUUUCUUAAACAGUUCUUUGUUCAGUAUUAAUGUAAAGAACUCCUAAACGGUCACUACAUACUCCACAUUUACCUUCUUGUUGCCUCUAAGAUGCAAAGAAAAAGGUAGAUCAUUGACUAGAUGCUUUCAAUUGAAGUCUUCCCUCUCAUUUGUUUUCAAACUGCAGUCUUACUGAACAGUCUUUGCUGAACUAAUGAAUUCAUCUACUUGCUUCAAAGAGGAUUACAGCUCCUUCUGCUUAGCUUAGUUACCUCAAAUUAGGAUGAAGCUAAAGAGAGGUCUGCUGUCUACAGCAGCCAUCUGUCUGCCAGGUGGACGGUUGGGAGCUGCCGCCGCCGAUGGAGACCAGACUAGAGCUGGAUGUGUUGAUAUACCCUGACGAGGUGAGGGUCGCCACCCCGGAGGACCUCAGGCAGUGGGACCUGGAGACCGCCAGCCAGGUCUCCAUCCCCACCGUUCGACUCUUUGUGGCGCUUUACCCGUACAACCCGGCCGCCAUGUCUCCCAACCCCGACACGGCGGCGGAGGAGUUGCCCUUCGUGCCAGGCCAGAUCAUCAAGGUGUGUGGAGACAAGGACUCUGACGGUUUCUACCAUGGAGAGUCCGGUGGUCUCUCCGGCUACGUGCCAAGCAACAUGGUGGCUGAAGUCCCAGUGGACGACGAGUACCUGAAGCACGUUCUCAUGCAGCAGGGUUUCCUGCCUGUGGAUCACGCAGGUAUGUCUUUAACACCAGAGCUAAGCGAUGCUGGCAGCAUUCGUGAAGAUGUGAUUGUUAGAAGAAUGGUGGCCUUAUUCGACUACGAUCCAUGGGAAAACUCCCCCAACAUGUAUUUGAACAAAGUGGUGAGACGUGCGGUCUGUGUGCCUCUCCAGGUGUGUGGAGACAAGGACUCUGACGGUUUCUACCAUGGAGAGUCCGGUGGUCUCUCCGGCUACGUGCCAAGCAACAUGGUGGCUGAAGUCCCAGUGGACGACGAGUACCUGAAGCACGUUCUCAUGCAGCAGGGUUUCCUGCCUGUGGAUCACGCAGGUAUGUCUUUAACACCAGAGCUAAGCGAUGCUGGCAGCAUUCGUGAAGAUGUGAUUGUUAGAAGAAUGGUGGCCUUAUUCGACUACGAUCCAUGGGAAAACUCCCCCAACAUGGACAGUGAAGCUGAACUGGGCUUUCGAUCCGGAGACAUCAUUUACGUGUUAGGUGACAUGGAUCAAGACGGUUUUUACUUUGGAGAUCUUCACGGAAGACAAGGUUUGGUUCCCUCGAACUUCCUGCAGCCCUUACCCUGGAACUAGACGCCAUGCUAACACCUCUGCUACUAAUGCCAAGUCACAGACACAAUCAAAUCAGCAGCUUUUACUGAGAAAAUGUAAAUAUGUGUCAAAUAUUUGUAUAUAUUUUUAUUUUAUAUAGUAGUGUUGCAUUACUUUUGCUGUAGAAAGCCUUUAAAGUAUGACAAAUAGCCCAACACAACAAUCAGGAUGAUGAACAAUGAAGAGAAACAAGUUAUAGGAUAAGAUUCUUUAUUGAUUAUUUUAAAGAAAAACUGCAACUCACCUUAUAGGGGGAAAAAAGACAAUUUUUAAAACCAUAUUUUAUUUAAUCAAGAAUAUAUUUUUUUGUAAUCCAGCAAAACUAUUUCCAGAGAAUUUAACUUGAUGGAUGUCUGGCGACUUCUAGCCUUAAAAAAAUACACUUUUAGUCACAGCAUUGUGCAGACCAGAGUGUAUGAAUCUAGUUUGCCUUACAUUGUGUUCAUCUGCUUUCUAUAACAUGCUUACUCUCGGAUGCAAGAGGUAAUAAAUAACAUAUUAAAACAUUCACGUAAAAUAUAAAAGCUCAGAAAACCCGAGUUAAAGCAACAACUGCAACAUCAUGCUUCCAUCUACAGAUCAGAGUUAAUCAUUUUCUCAAUAAAUGUUACCAAUAUUAACAUCAAUCUGUUGGUUAAUUGAACAUUGUACAAAGUGUACAAAAGUUCAAAUCAAACGUAUGAACUUCGAGAUCAUCCGGCUUGGUUCUUCUUUCACUCUCCUCUGCAGCUAACAGUAUACUCAUCCAUAAAGUAGGAAACACUACACUGUAUAGUGAAGUUUAGUAGUGCUUUCUACUUUAUGGGUGACAACACUGUAUGUCAGUAUCUUCUGGGUGCUCCCGCUCAAACUCCGAAGACCGACGGUGAAGGUGAAGGCUGGUUUCCACAAACUUCUAACUCAACAUCAUUCAAUUUAAACAAAAAAA